AUAUUUCAGUCCUCAUGUCAGAACUGUCUCGAAAACAUUCUCGGAUUCAGAUCCGACUGUCACGCAGCACAGUACAGUCGUCACAGUUCCUCUUGUGUUUUGCUCAAGGCUUCACCAAAUACCGUAUACAACAUGAGAAAUUAUUUCACCUACAAUGAUGGCGUGGAUGUGUACGAAAACAACUGUGUGGAAGUGAUGAUGUCAUCUUCAAAAUGCACUUUCAUGCGAUUAUCUGUAGCUGGCUUUACGGAUAUGUACGAUGAAGUCGUUUCGGAUGUGGCUGACGCUGAGGAAUGUGAGAGAACUUGUGUCAAUCAACACAUCGUUGGCGAUCCGUGCAGGUCUUAUACCCAUGACAAAGGGACACAAGCGUGCUACCUGAGCCAUUACGAUGGGCGAGGAUCGGGACGAAGCCCGAUGAGCAUCCGGAAUGAAAAUCUUACGUAUGGAUCGUUGGAUGACUGCAUAGAAUUUGCUCUGAAGUGCCGCAACGACGCUUUCGAAAUUCAUGGAUCAUCGAUGCGACUGUUCAGCGGUUCAAUGAAAACGAAACGGCUGAAAAAGGUAACCUGUGAGAGGUCGGUGACAUCAUCUUAUCGGUUCACUGUAUCGAUGCCAUAUGAGGAAUGCGGUAUCGAGAAAACGGCUGUGCCAUCUUCAUCGUACAGUGGUCUAGUUUACGUUAAAGAAGGCAGUACCACUUUGGUGACGAUACGUGACAAGCUUCUGCAGGUACGGUAG